CAAGUAUGUAUGUACCAAUAGACCAGUUUUUAAGAUUUAAAGCAUCCUAUUUGUUUGUAUAAUCAUUCAUAAAAACCGUAAAUUCCUGUUAAGAUCCUCAUAAACCAAACGUUGAGCUGUAUGUAAACAUCAGUGGAGAAGCUGUUCGGAAUGACUCAACAAUUCACCUGUCCCGUACGGUGACGAGAAGUGAAUGCGCUUCCAGUAAGAAUAUAUGGCUCUACCUGAGGCGUCGCGACUCGAUUGGAAGAUGAGCUUUGAGCCAUUAAUAUGAUACAAACAUUCGACAGUUUCAGUUUGACUAUAAAAAGGCACCGUUUCUUCUCUCUUGAGCACUCUUCUAAUCCAGAAUUCCAACUACGAAGCAGCCCAAUAGUGGUAACAUGGAUGAUAGAUUUGCUAAUGCUCACGAGGCACCGACCUCGGGUGAGAAUGCAGAGUCGCAUCAAAACAAUGAUGAACCUCUGCAAGAGUAUACGCACAGACGAGAACCUAUUCGGCCAGGAGGAGAACAAGUUGCACCAGAACCAGACUCCAAUAUGACUUCCAACACUGUGAUAUAUGGUUCACCACAAUCACCUGGUUUAGGCAAUUACGAGCCAACCCCAUUGCAGCCAACUCCGGAAGUUGAUGAAGAGGCACAAGCCGCUUACCCCAAUGCUCCAACUUCAGACAGGGAGUACUAUGGCAAUGUGAAUGCCGGCCCUGAUGGUGCUGUUGAAAUGCCGUAUUCGCCGCAUCCGUACGCAGUCAAUGCUCAACAAGCCCCAGCUGCUCACGGCACCCCUAGCCCUGGAGUAGCAGGACAGCAGGAUAAUGAACAAGCAACUCUGACAUCUGCUGGAUAUCAUGACGAACAUGCCGGCCUCAAUGCAGGCCAGAUGUCGGAGAAGGCCUCAAAUGUUGGCCCUCCGAAUGGAGACGAUGACGAAAAUGAAGAUAUCGAUGCAUUAAUUGAGGAUCUUUAUUCUCAAGAUCAAGAAGUUGAAGACACUGAAGAAGAAGAGCAGGGGCCCGGCGCGAUGAAAGCAGUACCAGAAGAACUGCUACAAACAGACACUAGAACAGGAUUGACUGAGGAAGAAGUUGUCUCCCGCAGACGGAAAUACGGACUAAACCAAAUGAAAGAAGAAAAAACGAACAACUUACUAAAGUUUCUCGGUUUCUUCGUGGGUCCUAUCCAAUUUGUUAUGGAAUUGGCAGCAAUAUUGGCAGCAGGUCUACAAGACUGGGUUGAUUUUGGUGUCAUCUGUGCACUGCUUCUUUUGAAUGCUACAGUUGGUUUCGUUCAGGAAUAUCAAGCAGGAUCAAUCGUCGAUGAACUGAAGAAAUCUAUGGCAAUGAAAGCAAAUGUUCUCAGAAACGGUCAUGUUCAAGAGAUCGACGCAGCGGAAAUUGUUCCAGGCGAUAUUUUGCAUCUUGAUGAAGGUACCAUUUGUCCCGCUGACGGUACCCUUAUUACGAACGAUUGCUUUUUGCAAGUUGACCAAUCCGCAAUUACCGGUGAAUCCUUGGCCGUCGAUAAACGUUAUAAAGAUACGAUGUAUUCAUCGUCAACAGUCAAAAGAGGAGAAGCAUUCAUGGUUGUAACAGCCACCGGUGACUCAACUUUCGUUGGCCGUGCUGCAUCUCUAGUUGGAGCUGCUGGUCACACAAGCGGUCACUUUACGGAAGUGCUUAACGGCAUUGGAACGGUACUGUUGGUUCUGGUUAUCAUGACCUUGCUUUGCAUCUACACGGCUGCCUUCUACCGUUCAGUUCGGAUCUCUAAUUUACUAGAGUACACUUUGGCUAUUACGAUUAUCGGAGUGCCAGUUGGUUUGCCUGCAGUUGUGACAACUACCAUGGCAGUGGGAGCCGCGUAUUUGGCGAAGAAAAAAGCUAUCGUACAAAAGCUGUCCGCAAUUGAAUCGUUAGCUGGUGUCGAAAUCCUUUGCUCAGAUAAAACUGGUACCCUUACGAAAAACCGUCUAUCUCUUGGAGAUCCCUAUUGCGUUAAAGGAAUUUCACCAGAUGAACUGAUGCUGACCGCCUGUUUGGCCUCUGCCAGAAAGAAGAAGGGUUUGGACGCUAUUGACAAGGCUUUUUUGAAGGCUUUAAGAUAUUACCCUGCUGCGAAGACGCAAUUGUCAAAGUAUAAGAUUUUGGAAUUCCACCCUUUUGAUCCCGUUUCAAAGAAAAUCACCGCCAUCGUUGAAUCACCCGAAGGACAGCAAAUUACGUGUGUGAAAGGCGCACCUCUGUGGGUCUUUAAAACCGUUCAGGAUGAUCAUGACGUACCGGAUGAAAUUGCAGAUGACUACCGAGAACAGGUAUCACAAAUGGCGAACAGAGGUUUCAGAUCCCUUGGUGUGGCCCGCAGAGUUCAGGGACAACAGUGGGAAAUUCUUGGCAUCAUGCCUUGUUCAGACCCUCCUCGCCAUGACACUGCUAAAACAAUUCGUGAAGCCAUUGGCUUGGGUCUUCGCGUCAAAAUGCUCACUGGUGACGCUGUUGGCAUCGCGAAGGAAACUGCCAGACAAUUAGGUAUGGGAACAAACGUUUACAAUGCGGAAAGACUCGGUCUCGGAGGAGGUGGUGAAAUGCCUGGUUCUGAAGUUUAUGACUUUGUUGAAGCUGCUGAUGGAUUUGCAGAAGUUUUCCCUCAACACAAGUAUGCUGUUGUCGACAUUCUUCAGCAACGUGGUUACUUGGUUGCUAUGACUGGUGACGGUGUUAAUGAUGCUCCUUCCUUGAAGAAGGCCGACACCGGCAUUGCUGUCGAAGGCGCUUCUGAUGCUGCACGUUCCGCCGCUGAUAUUGUCUUCCUUGCUCCUGGUCUUUCUGCCAUUAUUGAUGCCUUAAAAACCUCGCGCCAAAUUUUCCAUCGGAUGUAUGCUUAUGUUGUUUAUCGUAUCGCCUUAUCGUUGCAUUUGGAAAUAUUCCUUGGCUUGUGGCUCAUUAUCCAAAACAUCCUUUUGAAUCUUGAACUGAUUGUUUUCAUCGCUAUUUUCGCCGAUGUCGCAACUUUGGCCAUUGCUUAUGAUAAUGCUCCCUACUCAAUGAAGCCCGUAAAGUGGAACCUUCCCCGUCUGUGGGGUCUUUCCACGGUCGUCGGAAUCCUUUUGGCUAUUGGAACAUGGAUCACGAACACUACCAUGAUUGCACAAGGCCAAAAUCGUGGUAUCGUGCAAAAUUUCGGUGUCCAAGACUCAGUUCUGUUCCUUCAAAUUUCUCUUACAGAGAAUUGGUUGAUUUUUAUCACUCGUUGCAAUGGUCCUUUCUGGUCUUCAAUCCCCUCGUGGCAGCUUGCGGGUGCUGUUCUCGUAGUCGACAUCCUGGCCACACUCUUCUGUCUUUUCGGUUGGUUUAAGGGUGGUCAUCAAACCUCUAUUGUUGGUGUUAUUCGUGUCUGGAUCUACUCUUUUGGUAUCUUCUGCUUUAUUGCUGGCGUUUAUUAUUUAUUGGCAGAGUCGACAUCGUUCGAUCGUUUGAUGAAUGGCAAGAGAAGACUUACCAAGACAGAGCGCAGUGCCGAAGACUUCCAACUCCAACUCCAACGUACUGCUACUCACCAUGCAGAAGAAAGCAAGCCCGAAUAACCCUGGUGAGUAUAGCAUUGAUGUGGCCGUUAACAAAACGGUCCUCAUAUUCUCAACGUUCCUUUUCUGUGCAAGUUGAUGCUCUCAAUCAAUAACAAACACAUGUAUAAUAAGUAAGAGCAUAUUAUGAAAAUCAAUAAAUCAGUUAAUAACACGGACAAUGACGCACUUCCUAUCAACGAAGAAAACAGAAUAGUCAAUAAGAUAGUUUCCAGUAUGCAAUUUGUUCAGAAAUAAUGUAUGGCA